AUCACCGAAAAAGAGCUAUGAAUGGAUUAAAAGAAAAAUGGCGUCUAUUUACGUUUGUAGUGCGAAGUUAAAAUGGCACUGAUACAGCUUGUGGCUUGUUUUUUUUCGAAAACCGUGAAAGUUUCCGUGUAAUCAUGGUGAACACUUUUAAUCGUCGCACGCAAGCAUGUAUAUCAUUUGCCUGACGUUAAGCGAACGAGGAGGAUCUUCUAGUAAAUAUGACGUUGGAAUUUCUGGAAAAUGUCCUUUAAAAAGGUCAAACAAGAAGAAUGAAGUACUCAAACGCAAGAAAUAAAAAAUACCCCGAGAAAAGCAAAAUUACGACAAGAUGUUAAGGUAUUGAAACAAAAACUUAAAAGUCGCGAAAUAGUGAUUGUAAAUAUAAAGUCGAUUUUAGAUUUAUUAAAGAAAAAUGGCGAUUUUUAAUUGAAUUGAAAUUUAAAUUGCGAAAUUUUAAUGAUACUCAUGGUCCACUUAGAUAUUGAUUAAAAUAAAUUAUGUAUUUCGUUGAAAAAAAAGAAUUUACUUAAAAUAGAGGAAAUUUUAUAUUAUAAGACUACAGAAAAUUUACUGAACUUAAUAAUAAUAAUAUAACCAAUAUUUUGUAAAUAGUUACGUCGGGCACCUCUGCUGACGCAUGUCUGCAAAGGCAGAUCUUCGGCGAACUUAACUGCUGAAUUGUGGAAUUCGCAGACGACGGCAUCCGCUGGACCGGUGGUCCGAUGCCCUUCCCGUUAGAUUAAGAUUAGUAAUAAGUUAGUCUUAAGUCAGAUUUGGUACGGAAUAAACGUUCAUAAAAUAUAAUUUCUAUUUUUUAAAACGUACUCCGCGUGGCCCGCAACUUGACUAAAUAGAGAUCAAGUACUAUGUGUAUUGUGUUAUGUGUAUUGACUUGUCAUUUAAGAGUUAUUUAAUUGUCUACAUAUAACAAAUAAAUGAAUUUCAGUUCAUUUCAUUUUAUUACCCAUUGUGUUUUAUUUCCUAAAAUGUAACUAGUAGACUUAAUAUACACGUGUCAUGAAAAUAGCACAGAAGUAAAAAUACAAGUAAUUUUAAAUCAAUUGAAGAUGUGAAUGUAGGAAAAGAGCACCCGAUACGCGCAGACCAUGUGUGUUGCAGUGUCUCACUCAGUGUGUCAAAUAUUAAUUUCCACGGCCCACUUAGCCAGUACACUAAAGUAGGAAUUGCGUAAUUAAGUUCAACAUAAUAUUUAAGUCGCGGUUGAGUAUUCGGACGUUAAACAUGAGUUUGAGGAAGUUUAAGUAAUAGAACUGAGGUAAUGAUGUUUGUAAUAAAACUCAGUGCUAGAUUUUCGACAACGCAGCAACUUCCAAAAAAAACCAUCGAAAAAAGGCACCAUGACGACGAAGCAAUGUUUAGAAUUGAAUUUACAUAAAUAAAACGUUGCAAGCACGUGUUUUGUAUUUACAUAGGGUUACACAGAAUUACUUAAGGUAAAUUCAAAACUGAUGCAUGUGUAUAAUUUUGUCCUAUAAAUAAAUUUUAUAUGGUCACCACAUUAGACAAGGACACCGCGACCAAAAAGUAUUCUCUUUCGAGACCGAUUUCUCGGCAUUAGACAGUACUCCAGUUGUAGGUACUUAUUAACUCCAUGGUACUGCUGAUGUAUUAUAACAAUGAUAGUGUAAAUUAUAACAAAUAAAUUAUGAUAAUUAUGUGGCCAGUGUAAUGUUCGCUAAAUUUUAAUUAUAGUAAAGAUAAUUGAAAUUAAAUUAAAUACAUUAAAUAUUACAAGUACAUUUUAAGAUUUAUAGAAAUGUUCUCAUAGGCUUAUCUUAUCAGUACCUUAUUUAAAAUCGGGAAUUGAAGUGUUAAAAUAAAGAUAACGGUUUGGCCAAAACCCAACUCUUUAAUAAUAUCCAAAAUGGAUACUUUAAGAUUCUAUUUUGUAACCUACAAUGUAGCUACAAAGGCACCAACACAGGAUCUCAAUGCUCUACUAGACUUUCCAUCUCAGUACAACAAGAAUAAGCCUUUGCCAGAUUUUUAUGUUAUUGGGUUACAAGAAGUAAAAUCACAGCCACAGAACAUGCUAAUGGACUCCCUAUUCAGUGAUCCGUGGACAUCCACAGUCAACAAGAUAUUGUGCCGACAGGGAUAUAUAAUAGCCAAGAAUACGAGAUUGCAAGGUCUCUUGCUCUUGGUGUACACACAAAUGAAACAUGUUACACAUUUAAGGGACAUUGAAGCACAGUACACAAAAACAGGAUUAGGUGGUAUGUGGGGUAACAAAGGAGCGGUCAGCAUAAGGUUCAAUAUAUAUGGCUGCUCCGUAUGCUUAGUGAAUUGUCAUCUAACUGCGCACGAACAUCUGUUGGCGGAUCGGAUUAAUGACUACAACACUAUAAUUAAGCAUCAUCUGUACCAUGUUAACGAGACCACAAACAUAUUGUAUCAUGAUUAUGUUUUCUGGAUCGGCGACUUGAAUUUUCGAACGGAUCAUCCGACCGGCAGCAGCCCUACGUCGGAAGAGAUCGUCGCAAAAUUGCAGAAGGUUGAGAAGGAUAAAUACGCUGCCUUGUUAAAACACGAUCAGCUUUUAGCAGUCAUGGAUGCGGGGGAAGCUUUCUCAGAAUUUUCCGAAGCCGAUAUAAAAUUUCCCCCCACUUACAAAUUCGUGAUCGGCGGCGACGACUAUGACCUCAAACGAAAACCAUCAUGGACAGACCGAGUCCUAUACAAGGUAGUAGCGAAUAACUAUGAGAAUGUAACGUUAAGGGCGGAUCUUGUUUCAUAUAAUCACAUGCCGCACUACACACUGAGUGACCACAAGCCAGUUGUGGCGCAAUUCAAUAUUAAGGUACGUCACGGCUUCAUUUUAUCAAUGAUCGAGAGACCCCCUGUAUCACGUUCUGAUGUCAAACUACGCCGUGCAACUGUCCCAUCGCACACUAACAGCGAUACCCCGCACGUAUUAAGUACGACAGCAAGCGGUAUACAGAAUAUAACUGGGCUCCUAUCUCACAUUGAUGUAGACGAACUAGCCGAGGAAGCUAGUAAUGAGGCGUUUGCAAAUUACACUGAGAAGACAGUCGAGUUCGCUCCGAUAAAUCGAGUUUGGUAUAUAGGAGACGCCGACUUCAGGACCCAGUGUACCCUCACGCCCGAUAUCGAAGUUAAUCCGGGCGAUUGGAUCGGUAUAUAUGAUGCAAACUUCCACAACCUAGACGACUACAUUUCAUACGAAUAUUUAGCUAAGGUCGGUCUGUCUGUACGGCCGGCUAGUGACGGACAGCCGAGGACGAUCACCCUGAGCUUUCCCGUGGGCAGCGGCGUGAGGACGCCGGGCUUCUACAGGUUCUUGUAUUUCAGCCAGCCCAACAGCGACGUGCGGAGUGUCUUAGGUAUAUCCGAGCCCUUCGAAGUGAGCAGCAAAGAGGACAAGCUGGUCACUCUGGGCACAAGCGAAGAGCCGUCGACUAGUUCCUCGCCCGGCCAGCCCAAGUCGGCGACCGCCAGCACCGACAUCUUCAACGACUUCACCGGUCUGGACGUGGCCAAGUUGUCCAGGCAUUUCUCGAACGAUCUCAGCAUCGACUGACUAAAGGGGUACCUGCCCGGCUCGCCCAGCGGCAAGAGGAAGGACGGCAGUAACUAAACAUGCACCAUUACUUUUAUUCACAGGUCAAUUUUAUUAUUGAACUAGCGACCCGCUUCAGCUUCGCUCGGGUCUUUAAUAAAAAAAACCAAAUUAACCAUCAUAAUACACACACAUCAACCCAUCUAUUUGCGUCAGCUUUCUAAAAAAGGAAAUUAUAAAGAUAGUUUUGAAUAACCUUGGGUUACGUUAUUGGAGUUUUAGCAAGAAUCCCUAUUUAAAAAAUUAAUAUAGCCUAUGCCACUCGGGGAUAGUGUAGCUUCCAAACAGUGAAAGAAUUUUUCAAAUCGGUUCAGUAGUUUCGGAGCCUAUUCAAUACAAACAAACAAACAAACAAAUCUUUCCUCUUUAUAAUAUUAGUAUUAGUAUUAUUGAACUAGCUGUACCCGUCCGCUUCGCUGGGCAUUUAAAAUUAACAUUAUUAUUUUUCACUCACGCUCAGUCCUUUUCAAUGCAACAAAUUUAAAUUUCACAAAAGUGUAGUGACAACCCAGAUUUGUCCCUAUUCUACCCCUAUCCCUAUUCCCCCCAAUUUACGGUAUUUUGUUUUAAUCUAAAGCUUUAUAUGCAAGACACUUAGUUUAAAGGCUACAUUCGAACAUAACGUAACGUUGGAAAAAUCAUUAUCAACUGUCCCGCGUAUCCCCUACAUCAGGGGUGGGCAAAAGCCGGCCCGCGGGCCGGAUCCGGCCCUUUUGCUAAUUUUAUCCGGCCCGUUGAAAAAUUCCGCACAUAAAUUUUUUUAAACUCUUUUAUGAGAUUUUGUUGACAUCAGCAUUAAAAAAGCAUAUGCGGUAAAAAAGCAUAUGCGGUAUAGUCCUCCGGCCCGGGAGACAUUUUGAAAAUUUCAUUUUGGCCCGCGCUUUAAAGUAUUUGCCCACCCCUGCCCUACAUAGUAUAAAACAAAGUCGCUUUCUCUGUCCCUAUGUAUGCUUAAAUCUUUAAAACAACGCAACGGAUUUUGAUGCGGUUUUUUUAAUAGAUAUACUGAUUGCAGGGGAAGGUUUAUAUGUAUAAUAACAUCCGUUAAAUAGUAGAGAAAUCAAUAAUAAAUUACAGUUUUCGAAGCGAAGCGAGAGCGGGUCGCUAGUUAAGUUAUAACAAAAACUAUUAACAAACUAUACAAUACACAUCGAAGGGUGAAAGGCUAUUUGGUUUAAGCGACAUUUCGCUAAAUACUUGACGUUUAUCUUUAUAUUUAAACGUGCGUUUUAUUUUAUAUUAGUAUCAAUAGGUCGAUUUUUUUUAAUGAACUUCAAUUAAGUUUCUUUUUUUUUUUUUUUCCAGAAGUAAAUUCCAUUCAAAUAGCUGAAGAAGUUGUUCGGUUAUGAUAUUAUUUCUAAUUUUUAAAUUUUAAAUGGUCAUCCUGUAAAGCUUCAAAAUUGUCGCUUAAGCCAAAUAGUUUUUCAGCCUUCAAUAUGCAUAUUUGAUGUGAACAUUUUUAGGAUAAAGAUUCAUGAAAUAAUUUAUAUAAUAUAUUUUUUUAAUUAAUUUAAUUCAAUAAUUUAUUUAAUGAAAUAUAACACAUUCUAAAUAUUCGUGUGGAAACGAUUUAAAUAAAAAGCGUAUUUGAUGAUAAUCUGGUCCAAAUUUCUAGUAAACCUGUCUGUAAUUAUGGGUUAUGUAUCGUUCAUGAUUGAAAGCACAGUAUGACAAUAGUAUCGUUAUUAACACAUUUCUUGCUGGCGAAGGUAGUGAAAUAUAUUCUUAUGUAGUAUAUUUAAAAAAAAGUUAACGUAGUUAAUGAUGUGAUAAGUAGGUAAUUAGUUUUAGUGUUUUCACUCUUUUCAAUCGCUUACGUGGAAGAGAGAAGCAAAGUCAAGGUAUAAGGUGGUGUAUGCAGAUUUAAUUAACAUUUUGAAAUUACUAGUACCUAAUUAAUGCAAACAAAAUAUUAGUACAAUAAUUAAAAGCUUAAAAGGUGUUGUAGAAUUAAAAGUAUUAAUUUUUUUGUUUUUAAUAACAUAGGGCACAAUGUUAUAAAUUAUUAUUAGUUGAAUAAUUGGAACGGGUAUAUAACACAAGUAUAAAGGUAUAUUGCGGUUUGGGAAGAAGAUAUCGUGAAAAUGUUAUGAAUUAAAUACAUUAUGAAGAUUUUUUUAUUCAUGUGUCAUAGUGUUGUGAUAAAUAUCUAAAUAUACAUAUUGAAAUGCUUAUAGAUUAUUUAUAGAAUAGAGUAAAUUAUAUUACACACCAAGUAAAUAAUAUAUAUUAUAAACAUAUUCUGAACACAAAAGUACAACGCGCUUUCUUAUGACUUAAAUCGAACCUUAUGUAAAACCUAUGUGUAACCUUAUGAAAGUAACCGUAUGUAAGAACUUAUGUAAGAAACAGCUUCACUUAUAAAUAUAUAUAUAAAUGUACUCGAAGAGAGAAGUGUAUAAAUGCUUAAUUAUGUAUAAAUGUAGUUGUAUAUACUAGUAUAUAGUAGAGUUUGCGCGAGACGUAGAUAUAUAGAUACAUAUAAUAGAGGACAUGAGUGGACGAAGGGGAUAUGAUACAAUUUGUUAAUUUUGAGAAAACGGGCAUCAAACUUUUGUUACUUGUAUUUUUUCUUCGUACAUAACUCCUUUAUCACAAGCGAUUUCUAAAAAUAGCCUUUAAACCCGGAUUUUUAAGGUCUAAUAUGGUUUCUAGGCACACAUCUUCAUUCAAUGUAAAAACUCAAAAAUCUUAAAAAUGGUACUUAACCCCUUCAACCACUCAUGUCUUCAAUAUGGCAGCUAUCAUCGUUUAUAUACCUACUUAUGUACUGUGGCUCGAUCUAGCAAAACUUCACAUUUUAAAUCCAUGACCAGUUGUUAACAUUUAUAUUUGUUGUGUCUCUAUCUAUCGACGACUUGAGCUAAGACGUCUGCGGUUUUUUUAGUCUUCUUUUUUUAUUCAUUGGGUGGACGAGCUCACUGUCCACCUGGUUUGAAGUGUUUACCGGAGCCCAUAGAUAUCAACAACAUAAAUUUUCAUACAACAAAACACUUCGAUUAGACCGCAAGAUAGGUAGCAAACUUUUUUUUAAAAAUCAUUUUUGAAUCGCCCGGGGCAAAAUGUUGAUUUCAACUUCAAGUUUUCGCUUUGUUCGUUCAUUACGGUUCAUCCUUAUUGUAGUAAUACACGAGAUCGAACGGAGCCACUACAUACAUUCUGUGAAAUAUAUUUGGUAUUCAAGAUUUGCUUACUCGAUAAUAAAGAUAUAUGUAUAACAAUAAUAUUUUGUAUGUUGUGUAGUGUAUUCUAUUGUCAAUUUGGGGUGGCGUAUUAGCACAGUUUUACAAUCCAUACAGUUAGGAAACGAAUGUAUAGUAAUCGGCACGAGUCGUGAGCUCUCGGCAAAAGAGUGUGUGGCCGUUUGCGCAUCGUCGUACACUUAGGGUCAAAAUAAAUGGUUCACUUUCAGUAUUUUUUUUAUAAUUAUAUUAACUUUGUUUAAUUUGGGAUUUAAAAAGGUAUUCGAAAUUUUAUAAUAGUUUUGCCUAGGGUUUCGCUCGUAUUAUAGUCAGAAAUAACCCAAUUUUUAACCGACUUCCAAAAUGUUAUCAAUUCAUUCUGUUUUAUAUAAAUUAGAACGCAAUAAAUAAAUAGAGAUUUUAGGUAAAUAUCAUAAACGACCCACCAUCCAUUUGAAGUUAACUUGAAAACAUCUAUUAAUAAAGUGUCACUAUAUAUCUGGCACUACCUACAACACUUCUAAAUGUAAUAAAGACUUUUGGCGGGAACGCGAGGAGUGAAUUUGUAUGAUUUGUUUUAUUUUGUAUAUUUAGUGUUUCUUCGGGUUUAAAUGUGUAAUAAUGGUGGUUUAUUAAUUGCUUAAUAUCUGUGAAAGUGCACAAAUGUGGGAAAAUGAAACAAAGCCGCUGAACGUAACUUCUCGGGAUCCUCCAAAAAGUCCACUGAAAAAAUCUUAGUAAAUGACCCCCAUUUUACUGAGAUUAUAUUUCAUCCCAUAUCACCUUAAUUCAUUUCAUUUAAUUUCAUCUCAGUUGAUUAGUGUCUCAAAUUAAUCAUCUUCGUUUCAUUUCACUGCAUAAUAUCAUUUUUCAUAAAAAUAUGAAUAAUAUAAAUUAAAAUAAGACAUGACUUAAAGGUCGCAGUUACCAGGUCAUAAAAUCUCUUUAAAAAAAAUGUAAUUAAGUACACAGGUACAAAUAAAUAAAUGAUUGCAUAAUAAUAAUUUAUUUUGACAACCCUUGCAUAUUUGCUACCUAUAAUGUACAACAACACGAGCGGCGAUGUUUUCCGACAUCAGACUUUUUCAACUGUAUGGAUUUAAUACCGUGGUAUUAUUUAAGAUUUAAUGACUAAACAAACUAACAAAAUAAAUCGAACUCCGAAAUAUAUUUUUUUUAAUUUAUAUUAAUAGUAAUGCUACUAAACUAAUUGUCUUUUACAGCGCUUAAGAAUAGAACAGUAUAAUUUCUUAUCUAAUACUCUGAAUUAAAGUAUUUUUGUUGUUGUAAUUUUUAACGUUAUUUAGUUUUAGUUAAUUGUUAGAAUCGAACCUUGCCCAUUACGUUUCAAGAGAGCAUUGUUGAAAUGUAUUUAUUUUUAUACUUUACAAUUGUACAAAAUGAUUCACUUCUGCUACACGAAAACAUGAGAAAGUGAUAUGAAGGCAAUGUUAUAGUUUAAUAUUAUUUUGUGUGAAGGAUAAUUAAUAAUAUUAUAUGUUAUAUAUUCGUAUAAAUGGUUGAAUUAUUUCAUGAUAACACUGAAGCUACAUAAAAUGGUGACAGAAUUUAAAUCAAUAAUUCAUUGACAGGUUGGUUUUUUUUGUCGCAAGUUAAGACUGACGGCGGUGAUAAUGCAAAAAGGCACAGAGAGGUUUUUUUAUUUCAUAUUUGGGUGAAUGAGCUCAUUAUCUUGUUCUUAGUCAACUGGUUAGUAGAGUGUAACUGUUGUGUAACUCUUCAAACCAAACAUAACUGCUUUGUGGUAGGAAUAAAUAAGUUAUGUAAUGUAAAUUUUAUGACGACCAUAACAGUUCUGACAAUUCAGUGUCACGUUUUACUGUUAGCGGGCUAUGGAAAAGCUUUGUCGAUAUAAAGAAAAAUAAAUGUUUUACCACAAAAUUAGUACAAAUUUUAAGAUAACGUCUUACUGUCAUUUGUAUUUGGUUACUCUGUUAAUUAAGAUUGAAUGAAGAGGUUUGCCCAUCUUGUUUAUUUACUUCAAUGUAAUAAUUGAUUUAAAUUCUUAUAAAUAAAAAAAUCAGGUGACAUUCGUUGGUAUAAUGAUGAUAUACUUAGUAUUAUGUGAUCGUUUGCUAUAGGUAUAGAUUAAUAUUUAUUUAUAAUAUUUUUAUUUGAAUUUAUGCUCGAUAUACGAUACGCUUUGUUUUUUUUUUUUUGGAAAAGAUAUUUAGAAGCAUAUUCUAUGUUUUUGAUGUUUAAAUAAUGUCGUGUGGUUUCAAUUGUACAGUGUCUGUCAUAUUUCAAGUUUCGCAAUAUUUAACUAUCUGGAUAUAGCUACCUUUUUUUUUCGUUCAUCGAAGCGGGCCACACAUUAUAUAGUGCAAUAGUGUUGACAAAAGUACAGCAAGUUUCUUUUUGGUGUUGUUCUAGUUCGGGGGUUUCCAUACAUAUUUUGUCUACUGCCCUCUUUGAGAAUAAAUUACUUUUUAUCGCCCCCAUUUCUUCACCUACUUAAAAAUCACUAUAGCGAGAGCUCAGUCGGUGUCUAAGAAUCCUUCUAGACGAAACUACAAAUCGCCUCCCAAGCCUCUACACAACGCCUCAACUUUUUUCUAGGUCUCUUACCGCCCCCCUUUAGGCCUGCAGCGCUCACAAGGGGGCGUUAUCGCCCACUUUGGGAAAGGCUGGUCUAGUUGGUGGUCUAGUAAUUUUUAAUAGAGAUUAGAGCGUCGUUCGUGAGAGCACCGCAAUCGAAUAACUACGGUUUUUUUGUUUAAUUUUACGUCAAAAGUGCGUCUUUUCUAAAUUUUAAUUGUAGAUUUGUUAGAGUUGCGCUAGUUUUCAAAUCUCGCAAGCAGAUACUAAUUUUUCGAAGAUGAAAAAUGUAUAGUCGAAUUUUUGGUGGUCGAAAAUAUAUAAAUGUUGUUGUGACGUAUUGUGUGCCCGUGCGGCCAGCACCAUCUUACCAGUUUUUACCGAAGACUAUACGCCUAAAACAAUUAUAACAAAAUCUAUAUUAUUAUAAAUAACAACGUUUAACGAUAUAUUCAAAGCAUUUGAGCAUUUAAAAAGUUACAAUUAGUAUAUAAUAUAAUAUAAUAAUAUCAUAGUAAGAAUUAUUGUUAUUAUAUGUAUGUACUUAUUUAAAUAAAAAUUAUAAAUAGAA